CACAGGUCGGCGCUGAGGAGUCCUGCCGGCCUGUGCGGCAGCCCUCUGCCAUUUGGCUGCGAUCUAUUCAUUUACCUCGGCCCAGAUCCAAGAUGAGGUGGUGUCUGAUGCUGGCGCUUGUGUUGAUCACCGUAGCUAAUGGCAAUGAGGCCUCUGCGUCGGCAGGGUUUGCUUUCCCAGCACUCCAUCGUCGCUCUGUUAGUCGCCUUCUACCGCAGACGCCGCCCUCUGAUUCAUCCCUGGUCAGGCCAAGCGCAGCUGCUGUUGCACUGGUGGAUGACGUCACGCAAGAGAAGCCGCAGCAGCCGCAGCAACUGGAGGCUGCACCCCUCGUCGAGCCAUUCUGGGUGAGAAACACAUCCAUCGAUGUGAGGCGGUGUUACGCUUUUUUGGUGGCUUGGUGUGUGUGUUGUCUUUGAUCAGCGUGGGAUUGCACGUGACGCGAAGGCCCGCUAUGCCCUCUAUCGCUCUGACAUAGUGGACGGCAUCUCCCUCAAGGCCCUCAGCUCCAUUUUCUUCCUCUUCUUCGGCUGCCUGGCGCCCGCCGUGGCCUUCGGGUCGGCCAUGGCUGCUGCCACCGGUGGGCAGAUCGGCAGCAUCGAGAUGAUCGUUGCCACGGGGAUGCUCGGCCUCAUCUACGCGGCCUUCUCUGCACAGCCGCUGACCAUCAUCGGCAGCACCGGGCCGGUGCUGGCCUUCACUUCGGCCCUGUACAAGGGGUGUCAGGCGAUGCAGUUGCCCUUCCUGCCCACCUAUGUGUGCAUCGGCCUGUGGAACACGCUCUACCUGGGAAUUGCGGCCGUCUUCUCGAUGAGUAACAGCAUCAAGUACCUGACGCGAUGGACGGACGAGAUCUUCAGCCUCUUGAUAUCGGUCAUCUUCAUGUACGAGGCCCUCGUGUACUUCUCAGGCCUCUUCACAAACACGGCUGGUAAAUGUGGAAGAAACUCUAUGAGCAUUUGUCUGUUUCCAUUUCUGUGCGCUGGGCGUAUUCAGUGUCUGCGAGCACCGCUGCCCUGUCCACCGGCAUCGGCGCCUUCACCUUCAUCGCGGCGGUGCUGCUGUCUGGCCUGAGGAAGAGCCCCUUCUUCAACCGAUUCAUCCGCGACAAGACUGCAGACUUCGGGCCAACGAUUGCUGUCGCUGGCGGCAGUGGUCUGGCGUACUUGGCUUACCUGAGGUACGGUAUCCGUCUGCCCACCCUGAGCAUGCCGUCAGCUCUCACGACGUCCACUGGGAGACCGUGGCUGAUGCGUAAGUCUAAGACAACGAGCACAGACGACAGAAGCACUCGGUGUUUUUUGUUUGUGUGGAUUGUCAGUGCGCAGCCUGUCGUCGCUGCCCUUGUGGGUGCGUUGGGGGGCCGCUCUGCCCGCCCUGAUGUGCACGGUGCUGCUCUUCAUGGACCAGAACAUCACUGUUCGUCUGGUCAACAGCAACAAGCACAAGCUCAAGAAGCCCAACGGCUAUGACCUGGACCUCGCCACACUCACCGUCACCACAGGUGCGCCGGUGCACGUGACGUUGCCGAGAGUGUCAAGCUGUUUGGCCCCUGUCGGUCAUCAGGCAUCUCGUCUGUGUUGGGGCUCCCUUGGCUGGUGGCCGCGACUGUGCGGUCCCUCAACCACGUCCGCUCGGUCAUGAACUUCGACUACUCAAAGGUGCGACGAGAGAAUACAAGCCGCGUGACACACAGUCUUUGUCUCUAUGGCUGUGUCAGGGGGGCGAUGACAGCAGUGCUGUCGUGGGUUGUGACGAGCAGCGUGUGACAGGGCUGGGGAUCCACACUCUCAUCCUGACGUCAGUGAUACUGUUCAGACAGCAGCUGGCGCUCCUGCCUGAAGCUGUACUCAAGGUCAGCCAGGCAGUACACAUACGAUGGCCAAACGAGCACAGGUGAUUGGUGUUGUGUUGUGUUGUGUGUCAGGGUCUGUUCUUGUUCCUGGGUGUGUCCACCCUUGCUGGUAAUGAGAUGUGGCAGCGCACCAAGCUCUUCGUGACCGAACCGAAACUCGCACCCAAAAGGCCAUGGUAAAGCGGACUGACAGACGUCACACAGACAUGCACAUCAUGGGGGAGAGAUAGGCUGCCGGCCUGCCUGUCCUUGGAUCUGCGACGUGCGCAGGACCAAUGUGGUGCCAUUGCGGAAGGUGCAUCUGUUCACGGCCGCGCAAAUCGCGUGCCUGGCCGCCGUCUGGCUGCUCAAGGUGAGGAUGAGGCAACAGAGACCGACCGAACUAUGGUAAUGUCUCGGUGUGGUGUGUGAUCUGUGACCUGUCUGUCUGCAGGAGAGUUCCAUUGGUGUGAUGUUUCCCGUCAUCAUAGCGCUGCUGCAUCCCAUUCGUGUGGCACUGGAGAGAUACAAGGCAUUCUCGGCAGAGGAGGUGGCAGUGCUUGACAGCGAGGAUUGACUGACUGAUUUAUACGUGUGACGAAAGGGGGGCGGCCAGGCAGGCUGUGUGGGUGUAUGCUGUCGGUGUCCUUGGGUCAGAUUGAUUUUUGGACGAAUGAAUAGAUGGGCCAUGUGAUGUGCCUUGUUGAUUAAGCAAGUGGACGUGCGUGUAGAUCCAGUUGAAUCUCAAUGCAUGUUAUGUUGACCCCCCAGCGUUUGUGUGUUGGCCAUCUAUGCACAAGCCGACGUAUCGAC